GGAUUUUGUUAUUUUAAUUUGUAAAAAAAUGUAAAUGUAAAUUCUGCUAGCUGCACUGUUUGGAAAUAACGGAGGGAGGGUUCCGGAGCCUUUACCAGGUCGUGUGCCUUUUAAAAUAAAAGCAACAGAUAGAAUAAUUUGGCUGAAGUGAGUCUCGGAGAAAGUGCGCUGAUAGAAUCAGAGCAACGUGAAACGGAGGAGCCGGAAGCUGCUGUCCUCACAGCACCCCGAAGUAGGAAAGUUUCCCAGGAAACACUGGAGCCAGUUCCACUGCUGUUUGUCACCUUUCAUCAUUUACAUUUUUACAUAACCCACAGUGCGAGCUGCUGGACGCAUGGUUAUUAAUUUACAGUCAGGCUAAAUGUGAAGGGGGAGUAUGUGUGGAAAGGCUGGGAUAUUAAAGAGCACCCCCUGCUCUGAAGCAUUCCCCAGAGUACGUGAAUCCGAAGCAACUUUCUUCCUGUAAAAAAAUGAUCAAACAACCUGUUGCUUUGUCAGAGUUUUUUAUUUUUCUUGGGUAAUGAGGACAUCAAUUAUUAUUUUUUGAAACCCUUAAAUAAAAUACACCCAGAGACUUGUAACAAAGUAAACUUUUACAAUUUUAAAUUCACAUUUCAGAAGACAAUUUCUGCCUUAAACGACGUGGCCACGAAGGCCAAUGACUUUGAAUGAUUUCAAAUAAUUAUUUGUUCAAAUGAGUUACUUCUUCGUAUUUCUUCGCGGCUUUUUAAACUGCACUCAAACCCAAAGUCUUGCCCAUAAGGCUCGUGGACACGCUGCGGCCAGUCUCUUUCAUCCUCGCAGCGCAGGAGUUGGACAUUGGAUUUGGCACGACUCAUUCCGCCGAUAUAAACGACGGCGGGUAGAUUCGUGUACGAGCGCGUGCAUUUGAUCGCUUCACUUAUACGUCCCGCAUUAAGCUUUAUGUCUGUCAAAUGUCGAGAUUUUAAAGAAUGCGUUUCACGGGAAGGCGGAGGAGAGUUUUAAGAGGCAACCACGUUUGCAAGUAUCGCGGCGCAUUUCAAAGCAUUUCUCCUGCGAUAUUUGAAAACGGAGUCGUGCGGUGAACGCCUGCGUGUCCCUUUUAAAACAAACCCAGCGCCUGUCAAUCACGGCGCAUUCCAACCAAUCCCAAAGCUCCCUUUUUUUUAAAAGCAGCUCUGCCUGCUGUGCUUUUAUAUUGCACCGUGGCCUGUUUCGAAGCAUUUUUACUACCACGGUUAUUGCCACAAAUCAAGAGGGCAAAGUAAACGGCAUGGGACUCGCACCAACUUUAACGAAUCCGAGUCUGGUUCCUACUCCUGCGAGGUUCACGGCCACGAAUUUCACAUGCAGAUGAUACACAGACAGCGAAAAUGGAGAGGGGACGUCUGGGUGCAUCCUGAGUGCUGAAUUGGUUGAUUUUGCAAACUCAUAGCCUGAACUCACAACAAAAACAUGACAAGCCUUUCGAGGUUUAGUGGCUGCCCUCUCUCUUGCGUCAACCCCGGGGAGAGCAAUACUGAACCCAGCGUGGUGCUGCCACCUUUGGCAGGAGAGCACAUGGGACUCCCCACUGGCAGUUCCUUAAAACUCUGCCCCUCGCACAAUUUGCGAGACUACCCCGAGACGAGGUCCAGUGCAUAUGUUGACCAUUCGGUUCCCAAUUUUUCAGACUCUGGAUACCACAGCCGCCGGUUAGAGCACAGCCCCAGGGGCAUUAUCAUUGGAGCCAAUCUUUCUGGAGCCGGCAUGCCACCCGUCACUGAUCAACUGGCAUCGAGAGCUAACCAACAUGGCGGGAUUGGAAGGUACCGUGACUUUCCUGGCUACAGAGACAACAGGAGCCAUCUUUUUUUUUCAAGUUAUCAGGAGCAGGCCCACACCUCCGGCGACGCACCUCGAGACUUCGGCAGCCAGAUGAUGCUGGGUCUGCCCGGCGACCUCCUCGGCCGGACUCACCCUUAUGGCCAAACUAUCAACCCCAAGGGAAGCAACCAGCAGCUCGUCUCCCAGUUCCUGGGUCUGUACAAACCCCUCAACAUGGCUAUUCAGCGCGGGGGAGGCGACGCUUUCCUCAGGUGCUCUAAGCAAAUGGUGAAGCACGAGCUGGUGUGCAAGUGGAGUGACGGCCAAGAGGGGGCUGGGAAGCUGUCCUGCUGCAGAGCCUUCGGGACCAUGUAUGAACUUGUCACCCAUGUGACAGUGGAGCACGUCGGAGGACCAGAUCAGUCCGAGUAUGUCUGUCACUGGGAGAACUGUGCGAGGGACAGGAAGCCGUUCAAAGCCAAAUACAAGCUGGUGAACCACGUCAGAGUCCACACAGGGGAAAAGCCCUUUCCCUGCCCCUUUCACGGCUGUGAGAAAGUUUUUGCACGAUCAGAGAAUCUUAAAAUCCACAAGAGGACUCACACAGGUGAAAAGCCUUUUAAAUGCGAGUUCGACGGCUGCAACCGGAGGUUCGCGAACAGCAGCGACCGGAAGAAGCAUUCUCACGUGCACUCCAGCGACAAACCCUACACGUGCAAGGUCAGGGGCUGCGACAAGUGUUACACCCACCCGAGCUCCCUGCGAAAGCACAUGAAGCUCCACUGCAACAGGGCCCUGGACGCCAAGAGCGAGGACCUGCGCCCCUGCGACGGCGGGCACGACGCGCAGGCCAGGCCCACCCGCGUCCCGGAUGGAGCCCCCGAUGGCGGCUCUCCUCACCCGCCCACCCCGACUCAAGACAUCCCCCCGUCCCCGGAGAGUCGAGAGGAGUCGACCCCGAGGUCACGUUUCCAUCACGCGUUUGACAGCAGCUUGGACUACUCCGCGCACAGGCCACAGCCCCUCUUGGACCCUCUGUUGCUGCAGAGAGGCGGCUACAGGUCCCAGUCCUCCCAGUACCCCUGCGGCCAGACGGCUCACACUUUCGCCCAGAGCUCGAGGACUUUCCCCUCCACUUCUCCCUUUCAGAAAAGCAUCGUCAAUGGAUGGUACACAUGCCACAGUGGCGUGGAUUCCUUCCCACCAAAGCAAUGUAACAACACCCCGUGUCUCUAAGUAGCUGUUGGGACCCACGCGGCCGAUAUAUUUCCCUCUGUAACCGAAUCACUUACAGAUUUGCUACUCUGUGUAUUCUCUGUGUGGAUGUUGUAUCAAAUAUUUCGUGACAAACACACACACACACACACACACACACACGCACAAGUCAUCCUGUGAUUGCCGUAAUGUGUUCAGCUGUAUCUGUUGUCGUGGGACCUUUUUGGGUGGUUUUUGGCUCCCAGCCAAUAGUCUCAUAAACCCCACAGUGGGUUCUGGGACUUUUAGUGUACAUGCGUAAUUGUUCAAGAUAUCUAUCUUAAGUGAGACAGAAAAAAAAUGAUAAACGGAUUUCAUGAAAAUCGUUUAAUCCUCUGAAAGUUAAAUAAAAAGGAGACGUCUUGCUGAAUGUA